CGAAACCGCCCACAUUUGGUCUUCCUUGUAUUCUCACGAACUUUUGUUGAGAAAGAUAAAAGAGGAAAAAAUGCGUGAAAAUCCCAAACUUACAAAUGCCUUCAAAGCUUCCAAAGAAUCAUCAAGUGAAGAGUCAAGUGAAUCAAGUGAUGAUUCAAGUGACUCAAGCUCUACGGAAGAGUCAAAUGAUGAAGAAGAUGAAGAGAAGGCAAUGAGAAUGAAGUAUACGGAUUUCCUCAAAUGGAAGAAGUAUGUGAAGAGGAAAGAAGUAUACUCAAAGCCGAAAAAAGAACGGCAUAAGCCAAGGUAAGUUUCUCUUGCUCAUUGGGAUAAGAUAUUUUGUUUGGUUUUAAUUCUUUUUAAAAAAAUAAAACCUUAUCCCAUACGUGCUUUUAUUUGUUUUAGCCUUGGUUUGCAUGAUUAAAUAAUAUUUUCAAAAUCCAUUUUAAAUUAUGCCUUUUAUAAAAUAAUCCCCAAAAAUCCCUGAAAAAUAAAGUUUUUAAAAACUU